GUGGCCUUAGCAGCAUGGCGGCCUCCGCGGGCGCUGCGGCGCUGGGCAGAAGUUCGCGCGCGGCUCUUUCCCCUUGGACGCUGCGGGUCCCACGCGCCGGGCGCGGGCGGCUGCUGAGCCCCGCCGGCCUCGGAGGGCGCCCCCCGGCUGCCCUGGCCGCUUCUAGCCAGCCGAGUGCGGGAGGAGAGGAGCGCUACUGCCUGGAUUUGCUGCGAAAACGGGAUUAUGAAGGCUUCCUCUGUGCACUGCUAUUGCCUGCAGAAUCACGUGCCUCUGUCUUGGCCCUGAGAGCCUUCAAUGUAGAACUGGCUCAGAUUAGAGACUCUGUAACUGAGAAGACCAUUGGUUUGAUGCGGAUAGAGUUUUGGAGGAAUGCUGUAGAAGACAUUUACCAGGAUAAUCCACCACAACAACCAGUGGCAAUAGAGUUGUGGAAGUGGCAAAAAAAAAACACCACGCACCCAAGUUUUGUCAGUGCUGGUCAGCAGUAUAGGAUGGGGUUCCAGGCUAGGUCCUUCAAGAAGGAUGUCCCUGCCAAAGCAUUUCCUGCUUUCCUUUGUACAGUUGCUGUUGCAGAUUAUUUACACAAAAUACGAAAAGCUGACUUUAAUAUAUUUCAUCCAAGUUUGCACCAGAAGAGCACUUUAUUACCUUUGCAUUUGUAUAUUAGAUCAUGGAAAAAAACUUAUUAAAAAUAUGAGAUUGAGUCUUUCUGAUUGAGAAUUACUACAUUUUUCUUUUCAUUGAUAUGGUAAUGUUAUAUGGAUGACAUAUCCAGGCUCUUUUUUUCACAUUUAAUCCAAUCCCAGACCUCACAACAGAUUUUAUGAAAUAUAUUAGGUAAAUUAGUAACUUAUCCCACUGUCACAGAGUAAACUGCAUGACUGAGUCUGUAUUUGAACGCAAGCAUUGUCGUCCAAAUCUAAUUCUAUCCAUGACACCCAUCGUCAUGGAACUUGAGAGUUCUUUAGCAAUUUUCCAUCCAAGGGCUAAUCAAACAGAGCCUUGCUUAGGUUCAGCCAGGUUUUUGUAUCAAUUACAGGUAGUCCUUGACUUAUGACCACAAUUGAGCCAAGAAAUUAUGUUGCUAAGUGACAAGUUUGUUGUUAAGUGAGUUUUACCCCAUUUUGUGACUUUUCUUGCCACAUUUGUUAAGUGAAUCCCUGCAGUUGUUA